AACAGCCUCCCAACAUUUCCAUGUCGCGGGCGCACCCGCACGAGACGCACUGCGGCUCGCAACUCUACACCCAUGGCAUCAUAGACGCCGCCCCCAACGUUAGCUUACGUAGGUACACGCGUACGGGCCCAGCGCAAUCCUUCGGACUGCAUCUUGGUUUCGUGGAAAAGACAUGACUGAGCGCUGUCAGACAUUCACCCACACCGGGCGCUUUUAUGAGGAGGAUGCUGGUACACCCGAGGGCGCCAUCUUUGGGGCGUUUGGUCCUUGCUGUAUCCAUCUUCUAUUUCCUCUACUUUUUCUACGGGUCGUUUGCGCCGUCUGGAAGGCGAAAAGGAGGGGGAGAGGAUGCACACUCCAAAUAUGCUCCAGGAGAGGAUACAUCGCCCGCCGCACAUGGCGUCACGGGAACGAAAUGUGCACGCUUCGCGCCUGCUGAAGACAUGUUGGUCGUCGUCAAGACGGGCGCCACGGAAAUCCACCAGAAGCUACCGAUCCACUUCUCCACCACGCUCUCAUGUAUACCGCACUUUGUCAUCUACUCGGAUUUGGAAGAAAACAUCCACGGCCAUGAAGUACACGACGUCCUCGCUUCCAUCAGUGCCGACACAAAGGCCAGUAACAAGGACCUUGCCUUCUACAAGAGGUUGCAAGACUCCCACCGAGCCGGCCGCCAUCCAUCGACCCUGCAGGGCAAGGAUAUCGGCCAAUUGGCAUGGAACCUGGACAAGUGGAAGUUCAUCCCCAUGAUGGAUCAUGCUCUGCGGUACGCAUCAUCCCCCUCCACCAAAUGGUUCUUCUUCAUCGAAGCCGACACGGCCGUCAUCUGGGACACCAUCUUCGCCUUCGUCUCGCGCUUCGACCCAGAUCAACCGUGGUACAUGGGCAGCCCCGCCUGGAUCGGCGACGUCGAGUUCGCCCACGGCGGCACGGGCUGGCUCAUGUCGCGGCCGGCCGUCGAAGCCGUGGCGCGCCAGUGGCGCGACGACCAGGCCGGUGUCGAGGAGCUGGUUGCGCGGCCGGAGAACUGGGCCGGCGAGUGCUCGCUGGCGCAGCUCCUGAAAAAAGCGGAUAUCGGGUUGACGCACGCGUGGCCCAUUCUCCAGGGGGAGACGCCGUCGUCGCUGGAUUAUACGGAGAAUCAUUGGUGUUUUCCCGUGGGGACGUAUCAUCAUGUCAAUGAGACGUGGGUCACGGAUAUCUGGGAGUUUGGAGAGGAGUGGGCGGGGGGGCAUGAGGAUGUGAAGAAGGAGCCGAUGAGGCAUCGCGAUGCGUUUGACCAUUUCGUGUAUCCGCAUCUGGCACCUGAACGCCGAGGGUGGGAUAAUCUCUGCAAAGGAGGAGACGCCGUCACUCUGAAGAGCGUGGAGGAGUGCCGCAAGAUGUGCGAAGCGAGGCCCGCGUGUCUGCAGUGGUCUUUUAAGGUUGGGAAAUGGUGGUCUUUUAAGGGCGGGGAAUGUAGAAGUGCGGAUGUGGUACAGCUGGGCGAGAGUAAGGAGGGGGCCGAGGAAAUGGUGUCCGGGUGGAUGAUGGAUCGGGUGGAUCAGUUUCGGGAACGGUUGAAGGGGUGUGAAGGGAGGGAUUAUUGGGUUCCGUAGGGAGGGAGGAGGGUUGGAGCGUACAGCGGUUUAUGAGUGGGUGUAUAUAUGUAUUUGUACCUGCGAGAAAGUCGGGGGUUUCGGGUGGGAGGGGGGAGUUGUGAUAUCCGCCCGGAGCGGAGCU